GUAUUUCUGAUAGAUUGGGCAUUUCCUCUCGUAGAACCUCUUCAAGAUGAAGAGAUGAACCAACCAUUAGGCAAAGGCCUUAUUGAUUUCCUUUGAAUACAAGUGCUAUGAAUCAAGGAAAUGCAGGCAGUGGUGUGUGUGGUUGAUGUUAAAUUGACAAAAAGCUAUAGACCCUAAUCCUGCUGUUGUAGUCUGGUUGCAGUUGGACUUUUAGCUAACUCUUGUUAUGUUUUUAGAUGUUCAUAUUUGUUUGUGAAAAAUGGCACUGAGAGAGGCUUUGAACAAUAAAUAAACUGGAACUUGUUGUUUCCAGUAUUAAUGCUUGUUAUGUUUUUAGAUGUUCAUAUUUGUUUGUGGAAAAUGGCACUGAGAGAGGCUUUGAACAAUAAAUAAACUGGAACUUGUUGUUUCCAGUAGCUAGUUAGUAACUGAGCAUUUAGUCAUCCAAGUUUGGCUAGUUCUCUGGAACACCAACUGAAGACUUAUAUGGUGUUCAGAUUCUUGUUAUAUAUCACCUUUUGAUAUCAAUUAUACUCCUCUAUCAGGUCAAAUUCUUUCAUUCUCUUGAGUGUGUGUCUAUGGAGGCCUUGACUGUUUACAUAUCUAGGCAGUUAUGUGAAUUUGCAUGGCAUGAUGCUAUUCAGCCCUGGAGUUAAUCUCAGCUCUUGCUAUUGGUUUUCCUUGGUUUGAAAGCCAUAUUUUUAGUUGGAAAAUCUAAUGGUAUUACUGCUCUGGCAAAAUUUGUGGCCUUAAUGCACUAACUUCAUGAAUGAGGACAGGUUAGUUAAAUUGUAGUUUUCAAAGUUCAUGUUGUCCAAUAUUGAAUCUUUCCCCCUCAUGAUUUAUAAAUUGUCCUCUAUUAUUGUGAGCAGUAGGUACACAAUUUAUUGGGACAACUAUAUUUCCCUUCGGUUUAAUGUAUGAAAUGUAUCUUCAGCUCUUAUGGAACUAUAUUUCGUUGAAUACAAAUUAGUCUUACAUGCAUUCCUAUCCAUGGGACCUGGAAAAGAGAGCACUAAAUCUAUCCAUGCCAAGAGCAUUAUAUAAAUUAAGCUGUAAAGGUUGUCCUUUACAUUUCUUGCAAAGAAACAAUUUACUUAAACUGCGAAUGAUCCCCAUAUAUUGAAAGAUUCUAUGGAAAUAAAUUGCUGCAGCAUAUAAGCCUGUGAUCUUGUCAACCUGGGUUGGAUGUGAUUCUCAAUAGAUUUUCUAGUGCCCAGCCUUACAAAGAAGAACCACAUGGCAAGGACUCCUGUUUGACUUGAUGGACUGGAGCUCUCACCCAGCUUUCUUCCUAAAUCGACAUUGGCAAGGAAAUUAAGACCUAGAUAUGAACUUGUAACUUGUAAAAAUUGCUCCCAGAAAAUUUCAGGGACAAUCUCAUAUCUUUAUAAUUUCAGAAUUAGUGUUUCUCUUUUUUUUUUUUUAAGAACAGUAAUUCUUCUUUUACUAGUUGAAUAAAAAAACAUGCAUGUUCAUUUUGACAGUAAAUGAAAGAGACAGGUACAGUUGAUAUCCCUUUGUUUCAACACUGACCUGCUUGCACAAGGCUCCUGUUAAUAUGUGAAACCACUGCUUUUAUGAUUCCGACAGGAAUCACCCAAGUUGCAAAUUACAAAGGAGGCUUGAAUUAGAUAUAUAUGCCACACAGAUACAGGUAUGUACUUUAUUAGUUGGAUUUUAGAUUCCAUUAAUAAUUGCUCCUUUUUAAUAUAGAGUUGAAUGAAAUUUAUAGGCCACACAGACACAGGGAUGAGCUUUAUUAGUUGUUCCAUUGAUUCCACAAUAAUUGUUGGCCCCUGGGUUUCUAGUCCUUAAUUCAUUACAUCAACUUCUUCCUUUUCUUCUCUGAACAUUCAGUGAACCAACUUCUUGACAAGGAAACUCCACAGCAACUGAGAUGGGCUUUGGUGGGAAGAGCUUGACGUCUGGAUUCACCUGCAUGGCUACUGCAUAUGUGACUUGGCUUCAUCAAGGUAAAAUUGUCUCCAACAAGUUCAAUGUGUUGACUGUUGUUUUCAUGGUAGCCUUUAACUUCAUUGUCUUUUCUUGCAUGAGAUAUCCUUAACAAGGACUGUCUUGGAACUUACUGGUGGUUGUUUAUUGUGUCUGCUCUGAAUAUUUUACACUGCAAAUGUGUGUGUUUUUGUUUCUAUCAAGAUUCAUACUGAAGCAGCAAGUUUAGACUUGUUAUCAUGAAGGUGUUUCUACUGCUCUAGCUUUUGAAUAGAAUGCUGUGUUGAAACCCAUCCUUUUAGUCUUAUUUCUUCACUUGUGUUAGUAUAAAGUAAAAUGCCACUUGAUUAGCUUUUUCAUAUAUGAUAUAUCAAUAUAAUUGCCAAAAUGUGUUGUUUAUUUGUCAAUCUGAAGUCUGAUUCAUGUAAUAUUCUCACUUGUACUCAUUUUAUAUUCAGAUCUAAUAUUCAUAUCUUAAAUCAUAUCCAUUAGUCAAACAUAGAUGCAAAUCUGGUCUUUUUGCUCACCCCUACAUACAUGAAAUUGGACCAACCUCGGUCAAAGUAAUUAAUCUACAAUUGUCCUUUGAUUUCCUGUAAGCAGAGAACUUUGUCUGAACACAUUGGCCAUGAGAUGCAAAGAGUAUGACUGUUCUUCCAAUACACAUGUUUAGAACAGUGAGAGAGUCACUUUCAGAUAAAGCUUGUCAUCACAAUAUCACUCCCUUUUCAAUGACCUUUGGACAUGUUGCUUGAUGAACACCUCCAUUCACCAACUAUUAUUUCUCCCAUCCUACAUUACAACCAUAUAUCUUACCAAUUUCUACAUCAAGAAGAGAUACAUAUACAUACACACCUGCAACAAAGAGUUGACCAGGAUGAUAAAUAAUAGGUCAAUGGUCCCGGCGGCUUUCAGUAGCUGAAAUAAAUAUUAUUAUUUAUAUUAUAUAUACAUAAUGUAAAGCUUUUAUAUAUAUAAAUAAUAAUAUUGUUUCUUCAUAGGCUAAGUGUAGGCAUUAUAAUCCUUGAGGCCAUGUAUAUAUAUAUUUAUAUAAAUAUAUAUGGUCUUAAGCUAGGAUUUAUUUGAAGUCGUUUGACUACGUUACAUGGUGUGGGUCGGGAGCGGUCGCUUCAUGAUUCGUGCAGGAUUAGUGAAAUCGGACGACCGCCAUGCACGGACCACGAUAAGUUCAACACACUUGGAGGAACAACGCAACAAUUUACCCUCUUCACCUCGCGCUCUCGUCGCUAUAAAACCACGGCCCUUUUCCUCCGCAGGUACUGUCUCUCUGAGGCUUUAGUGGAGAUGUGGUCACCGUCCACCACCAGCAAGGACCUAGACGCCGGAUCUCCGCGGUACGGUCGGCCGCUGCCACGGAAGAGCAGACCCAUUCGCAUUGACGAGCGGGCAUCGCCGUCCCGCCCCUCCUCCUCCGCAGUCCCCUUCUCGUGGGAGCACCGGCCGGGCAUCCCCAAGACCUCCGGCCCCCUCACCUCCCGCCCGACAGGGCCCCUCCUCCCCCUCCCUCCCUCUCUCAGAUCCGCCCCCGCCGGCAACUCGCGCAAGAAGCGACCCGUCGCCACCUCCGCCGUUGACCCCUUCGCGACGGCGCUCGCCGAGUGCGCCAAGGACCCGGCAGGCCCCGCCAUCGAGGAGCUCCUCGCGAGGGGCGGUGGUUCGGUCGUCGAGCGGCGCCGGAGAGGGCCAGCGGCGGCGUGGUCCGUCUCCGACCGCCUCGGGCUCUUCGGCCUCUACGCCUCGUGCAAGGCGACAUGCGCGGUCGCCGACUCGGCCGUCCGCGUUCCCCGGUCCGGGCCGUCGAACCACUGCCCGGUCCAAAGAUAAGGUUUCGGCCUUUCAAAGAAUCUGAUGGUCAUGGCCCUUUUGAUUGGGACAGAGCACAGUUGAGUUGAGAUCAACGUCACCGGAUACACGAUGAUGGCUGAUGUGCUGUUGUUCCUGGUCUAAGGAGUCAAUCGAGAUGGUGUCGUAGAGCUCUCGUGCAUUGCUUCCUCUUUGUGCCUAAUAAAAUUCUUCGAUCGUCUUUUGCUUUGUCAAUACUGCUGGUGUUAUGUAAACUAUACUGCUACUAACAUUCUUCUCGGAUUAGCCUUCUGUCCCUCUGGUUCGGUCUGCUUCUCUGAUUGCAGACUCUUCAGCCUCUCUACUCCAGUUGUGACGCUCGUGUGCGCCUUCUACAUCUCCAGGUAGUCAUGAUUACAAUCCAAACCGGGUUCCGAGAAUUCCACUGCUCUCACCGCGGUAAGAAGUGGUAAAGGUAUGCAUGGCGGACGUCCGAGUGGAAAAGACAAGCAAACAAGAGGGUGACGGAGGCAGCGCGACAUGUGUUUGUGGGAAUGCCCCAGUGGCCAAGCCGCUACUGCUGCAACUUUACAAAAGCUUGGGUCUCCAUCCAUAACAAUGAUGGUAAUACUUGGCAGCAACACUCGAGUAAUGCAGAAACAGUAGAGAUUUUGCCUGCCGCUGCAGACGGCUUUCCCGUGGCAACUGCAAUCUGUUGGCGCAUCAACCUCAUCAUCAGACAACGCGAUUCCACCGUUCUUCGGCCGACGCCCUCGCCGCCCGGAACUCGUGCAUGAGGAUUCCUGGUCGGCCGCCGAGUCCCUCCACCUCGCCGUGCAGCCUCUGUCGCAGCCGUGCCACUGAGACCGCGUACGCUGAGCUGGAGCACGCUGGGCCGUGGAAGACGCCCUGCUCGGGACUGCAGUAGACUGAUCCCCACAGCAGGAUCUGCAAGAGGAGCGAGCUCGCGUUCCUCAGCGCGUAAAGCACUCCUCUGAAGCCAUUGAAUCCGUUGAGCCUGGAAUCCGUGAGCACUCUCUCGUCGUCGAACCGGAGCGAAGCUGGAUUGGUUUUUGUCUCCACCAGCACCCUGUUCUCCUCUUCCAGCCGCACAGCUUCUCUCCGGCAAACGGAGAUCGCCCUCGUCACCUUAACAAAGGAAAUCACGUAAAAGUUGGGACUUUGAGCGAAGGAGGAGAAAAGAAAGAGCGAAGGCCAGAAAACCAAUUCGGACCUGUAGGGUGAGGUGGGGAUUGGGAUUCCGGCGCCACUCUUCCAGGGAAGAGACCACGUGAGCUCCAUGGGAGUUGUAACUCUCCAUGCCUGAGAUGCCGAGCUUGAUCACAUGGCAGACAUCCCAAAGGAGGGAACUUUCGUCCAUGUACUCAUCGAGCCAUCUCUCGCCGGGGGGCAGGCGGAGCUUCUGCACCAGGCUGACGAGCUGGGAGUUAAGGGAUCGGAGGAGGGCGACGGCUCGCUGCAGGACAUGGAGAGACAUGAAGGCGUUCGACGCGAGGCAGCGGUCGAGCUCAUCGAGACCGGAGGAGAGAAAGGAGAAGAAGCUGCGGACGGCGUCGGAAGAAGGUCUCAUGGUGGUGGCGGUGGUGGAUGGAGGCGAGCUGUGGGAGGUGGAAUUAAGGAGAUGGUAAUGGGGUGGCCUGCUGCCCUGAAAGGGAUGGCUGGAGGACAAUGAUGGAUGUCUGCUGUGGGGGGAGAAAGGAUGAUGAGGAAUCUGCCAUGUUGCGUUGUUUAGUGGCAGAAAGGAGGAGGAGGUCAUGGAAUUCGGAACACAAGCCUCAUGAGUUCCAUUCAUUGCUCUCCUCUUCCUGGACUGCCUACUGUUGUGAGAUCGGUGGCUGCCUUUUCAACUCCUCUUGGUGCUGCAUCCUCAUGUUGGGGUGGGUGGAGUGGGGGAGGGGCAGCACAAUCUUUAGCUCCAAGCUGGGGACCAAGAACAGAGGGUGGAAGGAGGAGGGCCCUCUGAAUUCAAGUGCUGUGCUAGGCGCUCUCUCUCUCUCUCUCUCUCUUAGUGACAACUUUUGCUUGAUCAUGGUGAUGUUCAGCAGCUUGAAGACGAGUGGUAGGUAGUGAGAAGAGAGAAGAUUUAGAUCAAUAAAUGGGACAAAGCAGAGCUGUGCGAGGGAAUGAUGGGAUUCCAUGCACCAUCCAUGGCCUUUCUUCCACCACUCUGUAACUUCAGUGCUAUUAUGCUUCUUCCUUGACUUACUCUUUCAGGAACUUACCCAUAGGACUUAAUUGUUUGACGCAGGAUAAUUGUCUGUGUUACACGUGUUAUCUUGAAAAAAAUAUAUAGAGAGAGAGAGGAGUGCUCGGAUUUAUUUCA